GACCGGGAGAGCCCGGACCAGAUCCCAUGUGAUCCUGUGUGAUCCCGUGCAGAUCCCGUGUCGCAGCCAUGGAGGAGACCCAGCCCUGGGCCCCCCUGAGCCCCUCGGACUUUGCGCAGCUGCAGAAGUACCUGGACUACAGCAGCCGGAGGGUGCAGGACGUGCUGCAGGAUUUCAGCACUGGGGGGGCUCUGGCUCAGCCCCAUCAGGGCAAGAGCCUCGACCUCGAGGGGUUCUCGCGGUUCCUGCGGAGGUACCUGGAGAGCGACGAUGUCCCGGAGCCGCUUUGCCGGCGCCUCUUCGCCUCCUUCCAGAGCCAGGACGGCAGCGACUGCGUCUCCUUGAGCGACGUCUCCUGCUACUUCUCCCUGCUGGAGGGGGGACGCCCCGAGGACAAGCUGGAAUUCUCCUUCAAGCUGUAUGACAAGGACGGGAACGGGGUCCUGGACAGCUCGGAGGUGGAUCGGAUCAUCACCCAGAUGAUGAGGGUGGCCCAGUACCUGGACUGGGAUGUGACGGAGCUGAAGCCGAUCCUGCAGGAGAUGAUGCGGGAGAUCGACUACGACGGCAGCGGGACGGUGUCCCUGGGCGAGUGGCUGCGGGGGGGGGUCACCAACAUCCCGCUGCUGGUGCUGCUGGGGCUCGAGGGGGACAUGAAGGACGAUGGGCAGCACCUCUGGCGCCUGAAGCAGUUCUCACGUCCUGCCUUUUGCAACGUGUGCGAGGGGCUGCUCGUGGGGCUGCGGAAACAGGGGCUGCGCUGCUGCCUGUGCCGGUUCACGGUGCACGAGCGCUGCGCCCGCCGGGCCCCCCACAACUGCAUCAGCACCUACGCCAAGAACCGCAGGGAGGCCGAGGUCCAGGCCCACGUGUGGGUGAGGGGCGGCUGUGACGGUGCCAAGUGCAGGGAGUGCCAGAAGAAGAUCCGGAGCUUCCAGAGCCUGACGGGGCUGCACUGCGUGUGGUGCCACCGCAAGAUCCAUGAGGAGUGCCAGCCCCUCGUGCCCCCAGCCUGCGACUGUGGGGUCCUGCGGGACCACGUCCUGCCCCCUGCCUCCAUCUACCCCGUCCUGCUGGAGAGGCAGGACAGCCAGAGAGACAACGGUGGGACACCGGUGGAGGACACCCCCCAAGUGUUCACCACCCCUGAGGGGCAGGCACUGCGGGUCAGUCCCCCCCCUGACACCCACCCACUCCUCGUCUUCGUCAACCCCAAGAGUGGAGGGAAACAGGGGGAGAGGGUGCUCCGGAAGUUCCAGUACCUGCUCAACCCCCGGCAGGUUUACAACCUGCAGAAGGGAGGCCCCAUGCCCGGGCUGGAUUUCUUCCGGGACGUGCCGGAUUUUCGUGUCCUGGUGUGCGGGGGGGACGGCACCGUGGGCUGGAUCCUGGAUGCCAUCGACAAAGCCAACCUGCCCCGCCGGCCGCCCGUGGCCGUCCUGCCCCUGGGCACCGGGAACGACCUGGCCCGCUGCCUGCGCUGGGGGGGAGGGUACGCGGGGCAGGACCUGGGCAGGAUCCUGUGGGAGCUGAAGAGCAGCACCGUGGUGCAGAUGGACCGGUGGGGGCUGGAGGUGCUGCCCCAGGACCCGGCGGCCGAGGGGGACCCGGUGCCCCAGGGCAUCAUCAACAACUACUUCUCCGUCGGGGUGGACGCCUCCAUCGCCCACCGGUUCCACGUCAUGCGGGAAAAGCACCCGGAGAAGUUCAACAGCAGGAUGAAGAACAAGCUCUGGUACCUGGAAUUCGCCACCUCAGAGACCCUUUUCUCCACCUGCAAGAGGCUCAAGGAGCACCUGAGUGUGGAGGUCGGCGGGACCCCCCUGGAGCUGGGGGGGUCCCUGGAGGGGCUGGCAGUGCUCAACAUCCCCAGCACCCACGGGGGGUCCAACCUGUGGGGCGAGACCCGGCGGGCGAGGGGGCCCAGGGCGGCACAGCCCCCCAACGUCACCGACAGCGAGACCCUCCGGAGCUGCGUGCAGGACCUGGGUGACGGGCGGCUGGAGGUGGUGGGGCUGGAGGGGGUUCUGGAGAUGGGGCAGAUCUACACCGGGCUGAAGAGCGCGGGGACUCGCCUGGCGACCUGCUCCGAGCUCACCCUGAGGACACUGAAGGCCCUGCCUAUGCAGGUCGAUGGGGAGCCCUGGAUGCAGCCGCCCUGCACGAUCAGGAUCACCCACAAGAACCAGGUGCCCAUGCUCAUGGCUGCCACGUCCCGUUCCUGCGGCGUCUUCGGCACCAAGAGGGGCUCCCUCGAGGCCUGAGGGGGCCGGGGGGGGCUGGGGGAGCCCCCCCGAGCUGUGCCCGGGCAGGGAACACAGGCCAACCCUGCCUACCCCCCCUCCCCAGCAGGAGCAGGGGGGCCGUGCCCCUCCCCUGCACCCAGGGGUGCUCAGAGCCUGGGGGGGCAGGGGGGAGCAGGGGGGGCUGCACGAAGCCCCCCAGGGUGCAGCACAGUGGCCA